AUAAGCGCGGGAGAUUUAUUUUCAGGGCGGCCGCUUUUUAAUGACGAAAGACUUAAUAGGCGCUCUUCGGGCUGCGCAACCUGAAGAUGCAAAUGACCUGCCCGACACUUCCUUGCCCCUUGAUGGGUCUCAGUACAUGAAUGAUUUUUUCUCUCAAGUCGAGGAAAUUCGAAACUUGAUUGAACGGGUUCAAUCUCUUGUUGAUAAUGUAAAAAAUAAACAUAGUGACAUACUUUCUUCGCCUAACCAAGACGAAGCUACGAAGGCUCAACUUGAAGAUGCUAUGGCUGAAAUUAAGACAAUCGCACACAAGGUGCGUGCGAAACUAAAGCAAAUGGAAAUGAACAUCGAGUAUGAUGAAAACUCUGACAGGACAUCAGCGGAUUUACGGAUAAGAAAGACUCAGUACUCCACAAUUUCUCGGAACUUUAUUGAAGUUAUGACCGACUAUAACAAAGCUCAAGUUGCUUUCAGAGACGCCUGCAAGAACCGAAUAAAAAGACAAAUGGAGAUCGCUGAGAGAAAGAUUUCUAAUGAAGAAUUGGAGGAUAUGUUAGAAUCUGGAAAUCCUGCCAUUUUUACACAAGAAAUCAUGACGGAUACUCAGCAAGCAAAACAGUCUCUGGCAGAUAUUGAAGCUCGACAUCAAGACAUUAUGAAACUCGAAAAGAGUAUUAAGGAGUUACAUGAUAUGUUCAUGGAUAUGGCAAUGCUUGUUGAAAGUCAGGGCGAGAUGAUUGAUCGAAUUGAAUACAACGUAGAACAAGCAGUGGAUUAUAUUGAAAGUGCAAAGGCCGACACAAAGAAAGCUGUUAAAUAUCAAAGUUCAGCCCGGAAGGUAGGAACUGUCAUCGGGUGCAAAUUGUGUCCAUUCCAAGUGUUUCUUCGAUGUCAAUCGAUUCACGUUGUCUCUGCUUGAUUGUGUUGUUAUCUUUUUAAAUGUAUAGCUAUUUAUUGUACCUGAGUUUUAUGGUGAAUCUUUUAUUGUUUUUUUUUAAUUUCUGACUGUGAUAUUUCUCGAUUUUUAUAUACUGUCACUUGUUAAUAUUGUCGUUGUUUUUGUUUUUAAUGUCUUGUCUUAAUCACUUAUUUGUUGUAAAACGCUGUUGUUAUUGUUGCUUUUAUUGAGUAACUUUUAUAUUUGAAGAAUUGUUUUAUCUUGCCUUUUUCUAAUGUUUUUAACUUGCAUUUUAGACAGAUUUUUUUUAUUGAAUGCAUUUAAGAACUAUUUUCAUGAUUAUUUUCCUAAAUUUCUUAAACAAAUAUAUUUGUUGAAUAUUA